UUAACGUAUUUUAAAUCAAAACGUUAAAACUCGAGCUAUUCGGUCGAUUUGAAUCCUAAAGGCAAUGGGCAACGAAGCCAGCCUCGAAGGCGGGGAAGGGGGCUCGGUGCUUGGUGUGGUGGGCGCUCCAGGAUCCGUUUCAGCAUCAACGGUCUCUGGACAGCAUAUCAAGCCUGUGAAUGGCGCUGCGGCCGGUGGUGGAGCUGCAAUGGGAACUGGGGCGGCGAUGAACAGGCUGGCUGGAGCACCUACAUCUCUAAAAGCAGGCUAUGGCUCUAGUGGUGGUGUUGGGGUGGGUGCUGGAUUGGGGAUAGGUGGCAUGGGAGGAAUGCCAGGACGGGGAGAGACCUACAGACUGGCCACCCAUGAAAUCCCAAGAACAUCUCCAGCACCACAAGCUCAGAACCUUGCAGUAUCCAAGGGCAUGGGGUCUGACCAAGGUCCUGGACAGCAUGCCUCCAGACGGAACCUCCAGGUGGACAUCAGCAGUGGUGGAAGUGUAGGGCGAUCAGGUCGAUCUCCAUCUGUGUCUCCUGAACGGGGCAGUGCUCCCAGCUCACCCUACUCAGUGCCACAGAUAGCACCUAUGCCCAGUAGUAAACUCUGCCCAAUCUGCAACACCACAGAGCUGACGAGUCCUGGCAGAGUGCCUAAUUUCAACAAGUGCACCCAGUGUUGCACCACUGUGUGCAACCAGUGUGGCUUUAACCCCAACCCACACCUCACAGAGGUCCAAGAGUGGCUGUGUCUAAACUGUCAGAUGCAGAGAGCCCUGGGAAUGGAUAUGACCACACCCCGUUCCAAAAGUCAGCAGCAGAUUCACUCUUCCCCCCAACAACCUAAAUCAGACCCUGUUAUACCCCUUCAUUCCCAGCCUUCAGCUCAGCCAAAAUUGCAGACUCGACCCCAAACGCAGCUUAAUUCCAAAAUCCAACCACAGGCUCAAAACCAGGCUUCACUAGGUUCUCAGAAAGAAAGUGAAACUACUGGUCCUUACCAGAAAGAAUGUCAAAAAACAGGUCUUUCAUCCCAAUCUGGUUCUUCUCAAAUUCUACAUCAAGGAGCCCAGACAGGGUCCCAGGAUCAGAAUGUUGAGUUUAAGCAGAGAGGUCCAGGUGCACCACAGACUAGUUCACGCAUCCCUCACCCUGGUGCUGUGCCAUUGCCAGGCCUGGCUAAAGCACCAUCACAGCCAGACCUUGGUCGUGCAUCUCCGGUUCACCAUGUUGGCCGAUCAGAGCGUAUCCGAAGUGCUGGAAGUUCCCCGGCUCGCCGUCCAGCCUCAGUACAUGAGUCCCCUCCCCAGGACGGCUUGACAAAGCUAUUUGGGUUUGGGGCAUCGUUGCUGAAUCAAGCAAGCACACUAAUCUCAGUUGAUCCCCUCCCUGGAGGAGGAGCCUCAGCACAACCCUCUCCUGCCCGACAACAGGGCACCCAAGGUACUAAAGUGAUCUUCAGCGAUGCUAAUUCUAAAUCGAUGACUGGAGCUCUUGGCUCAGACAAACAAGGAACAGGGGUAACUGCAUUUCCCCAGGGUCCACAAGUCCCCUCACAAAAACAGCAAAAACAGCCUCACCAACAGCAACAGUCAGUGGCCUCACAUCAUCAAAAGCCAUCACAGUUGCCACCUCACCAUCUAAAGUCAGCGCAGCAGCAGUCCACAGGACAUCAUCAAAUGGUACCACCACAGCAGCAAUCACCAGCACAUCAUCAGAAAGCUCAGCAGCAGCAAUCUCCAUUGAAGCAGGUGCAGAAGUCCAAAGUUAGCUGCCCCUUGUGUAAGACGGAAAUUAAUAUAGGAUCCAAUGAGCCGCCCAACUACAACUCCUGCACCCAAUGUCACACGCAGGUCUGCAAUAUGUGUGGCUUCAAUCCAACACCUCACCUUGUGGAGAAAAACGAAUGGCUCUGUCUUAACUGUCAGACACAAAGAUUAAUGUCUGGUGGACUUGAGGACGCCCCUCUUCAUGUUCCUUAUCCAUCUCCAAAACACCAACAAGUGGGCUCACCCCGGCACCAUGCCCUGGCUAGUCAGCCUCCUUCACAGGCAACAUCUCAGAAAGUGUCAGCUAAUCAACAGGAAGGGCCCAAUGCAAUGUCACGACAGCAGAAGUCUCAAUCAACUGAUGGAGCUGCUCCUGUUGCUGCAACUGUAGUCAAACUAGCAGGAGAUACAAAACCCAUCUCUCAGUUCUGUUCAACUCCCACCACAUGUGUCAGUGAAUCACACCAGAAGGACCAGGCUAUGCCAAAAUUUAUCAGUGACUCAGAACAUAUUUCUGGAGUCACAAAAAAAAGAACAGCAGAACCCAUUGUGACCACAAUAACAAAGGAUGAGAAAAGGGACUCUCAGCGAUCCAGAUACUAUGAGGAGACAAGCAAAACAAACAGCACCCAUGACCUAUCACGGAGUCCACAAAGCCUGAGUGAUACAGGCUACUCCUCAGAUGGGAUAUCAAGUUCACACAGUGAAAUUACUGGUCUUAUCCAUGAAGAACAAAUGAAGUUAAGUGAGAAGAGUAUGUCUGGGAACCUUACGCCACCAAGCCCCUCUGAGAUAACUAAACUGGAGAGCUCUAUGCGACCUCUACUUGAGUCAAAGGUAUUCUCUGAAGGAGAGAAAACUUGGGACAAACAGCAUGGUAGAGAACGGCACCACAGAGACCCAGCUGACAAAAAGCACAGAUCCCAAUUACUAUCAAUUAGUCAAGAACAAUAUGACUCAGAUGAAGAUCUAGAGGAUAUCUUGGAAGAGGAGGAGGACCCAACCGACUGGGAGGCCAAACGAGAGCUCAGAACAGUAGUUUUUGCUGGAGAGGCAAAGAAAAAGAAAAAACCUGAACCUGCUGAUAUAACAGAUGAAGAGUUUAUGCGAAGGCAGAUUAUGGAGAUGAGUGCAGAUGAAGAAAAUGAGGAUGAAGAGGACGAAGAAGACCUGGAAGAUGAGGAAGAAGAAGAGGAAUAUGAUGAAGGAUAUGGUUACCAAAAGUCAAAAAAAAUACAUAAGCACGUAAGUGACUUAGGGAAAGAAAAGCGCCGUCUUACUCACCUUUCAAGCAGCUUUGAAGAGGAAAGCAAAACUACCUGUGAAAUCUACAAGGGAUCAGCCGAGGAAGGAGAGGAGGAUCUGAUUGGCUCACAAGGAGGGCUACGGAGAUUUAAGACCAUAGAACUGAACAACACCAACAGUUACAGUCGAGACAUGGAACUAAACAAUGAAAAUGACUUGAGCCUGGACAGAGAGCCAGAACUUGAAAUGGAAAGCCUCACAGGUUCCCCAGAGGAGCGAUCAAGGGGGGACUAUUCCUCCACUCUCCCUCCUACAACUUCCAGCUACAACUCAGGAACGUCUCCUACUUCUGUAUCCUCCAUGGAGGAUGACAGUGAUAGCAGUCCCAGCAGGAGACAACGUCUAGAAGAAGCUAAGCAACAAAGGAAAGCCAGACACCGGUCUCAUGGCCCUCUCCUGCCUACCAUAGAAGACUCCUCAGAGGAAGAUGAGCUGAGGGAGGAAGAGGAACUCUUGAGGGAACAAGAAAAAAUGCGUGAAGUUGAGCAGCAAAGAAUCCGAAGUACUGCCAGAAAAACUAAACGAGAUAAGGAAGAGCUGAGGGCACAGAGAAGAAGGGAACGAUCCAAAACUCCUCCAAGCAACCUGUCCCCCAUUGAAGAUGCCUCCCCAACAGAGGAGCUGAGACAAGCUGCUGAAAUGGAGGAACUUCAUCGUUCUUCCUGCUCAGAAUACUCACCUUCAGUUGAUUCUGAAACUGAAGGGUUUGAAAUGUCAUCUAAGCUCUACAAGUCUGGUAGUGAGUACAAUCUGCCUACAUUCAUGUUACUUUAUUCUCCUACUGAAAAACCAGAGACUACAUCCUGUUUUACUAUUACAACUACCUCCUCAAGUGGAAAGCCUCUAAAGAGUGCAGAGGAAGUUUAUGAAGAAAUGAUGAAGAAAGCAGAGAUUUUACAGAAACAACAAAAGCAGCAGCAGUCAGCACAACUGUAUAGCACCAGUGCCUAUCAAGACGAUGAUAGAAUAAAUGAACAGCAUUAUGAAGAUGAAUAUGAUUAUAUUGACCAAGAUGAUACAAUUUAUGAGAAUGAGGAGCCAAGUGAUAUUUAUGAGGAAAUACUUCAGACUUCACAAAACAUAACCAAGCAGUUGGAUGAUCAAGUGGAAAUGGAUGUGUCUUAUGCAGAUAAACAGCUCCUAGACACAGGAUCAGCUUUUGCAAAACUUCUGGAGCAGAGCAAUGCCCUCCUCACACCUGGCACAAGCCCUACACAGCUCUCAGCCCCAGUAUCAUUUUCUGAAACUGGAACAGGAGGACGAAUACCUGAUGUGAAAGUAACUCAACACUUCUCCAAGGAUGGACAUAAAGAUCGAAUUAGAACUCAUGCUGGGAAAAAUGCCAUCAUACCCUCAGUUGCUGCAACUACUAUCACUGCAUAUGGAGUAUAUGCCAGGGAUGCUGGCCAUGUCACACAAACCACUACUAGUCAAACUAUGACUUCACAGCAGUCUACUAUCUAUGGCAGACAUACAGUCAGUUCUAUCACAAACUCCACUAGUACAUCAAGUGUGUCCAGCAAAAUUGCUGAAAUCACUCAGGCUUAUAAUCAGCGGGAGGGAAGAAGACUCUCAGACAGAAUCCAAAUAAGAGAUAGUGCAACACAGCUAGAGUCAGUAUCUGAAUUGUGCUCUCAUAAUGUCCAUGUAUACUACAAAGAGAGUCCACCACUUUCUCCAACUUCACCUUCACCUCCACCUCAUAUACCAGCCCGAUCUCCUUCUAGGAAAACAGCUGAAUUUUCAACUCAGACUUUCAACCCCACAGUGACAGCACCCACUGAAGGUUCUUCCCCUCCAUCUCCUAUUAUGGCACAGGCCACUCAGAAUCCUCACAGAGCUAUCUCACCACGGCUCUUUAGACAACAGUCCUCUCAGGAUGCCACCUUUAUGGUAUUAACAAUUGGAUCAGAGCCAACUAUUCCUCCAAAGCCAGUUACAGUUAAUACUGCCACCUCUCCUUUAUCUUUGCCAACAAAGUUCAGCCAUCCCUCAUCAUUUGAUGCUUAUUCACCACCUGUAAGCCCUCCUGACACACCACCACACCAACAGUCACUGUUGCAUGGUUUUUACAGAACUCAUAAAGUUGAAAGAAUUAAUGUUGGUACAAGCAUGGUGACUGCUUCUAGCUCUUAUUCUCAUGGAUCACAUUCAAUGGAAAACAUAUCUCUGUGCCAUAUUUCCACAGUCCCUGGCACCUCAAGAGUUGAACAAGGGCAAAAGCUACAGAGUGCAAGUGUGACAGACCUAAGAACUGCUGCUAGGUCAUCCCCAUUUAUUAUAACAGAUCAGGGAAGGGACUUGACUUUCUUGGCUACAGAGUCUCAAAAAUAUGCAAACAGCACAGAUGGGAGCCCUAUUCGACAUUCUACUUUCCAGCCUCUAAUAAUGAACUUGAAUGCUCAGGAACAGCCACAUGUUGUUGCCUCAACAGCAACAACAGUCAGUGUAACUGUUGCUGCCUCAAUGUUUAUAUCUCAACCUAAGCAUCCUGUGGUUUAUGGUGAUCCCCUUCAAAACAGAACAGACAUGAGCCAAGGCAUGGGAACAGUAGUAUGUCUUGUACAAAAUAAACCAUCAAUUGACCCAUCAAUACCAAAUAUUGAUGCCAAGCUGGAAGAUCUUAGUAUUCAACAACAGCAGUUACUUAAGCAACAGCAGAAGCUACAGCAUCAACAACAGCUUUUAGAGCAGCAACUUCAGCAACAUCAUCAACUUCAACAUCAACAAGCUUCUACUUUUGCAAAGCUCAAUUUAUCCAAUCAAUUUCCUCUAUUAAAGAAGGACAUAAUUGUCACCCAAACAAGCACUGCCCCUAUUGUCAGUGCUGUAUCACCAGCUCUGGCACCAGAGAUUUAUAGCAGUUCUAAAUCACCAGUUCAGCCUCAAUAUAUGAUGGUCCAAAUAGACAACACUGCACAGGGAAAACCUCUCUCCCAGUUGAUCAAACCAGAGGAAAGCCAGGAUGCAAGGGAUCUAACUGGACAAAUCAAGAAAGCGAAUCAAAUUGCUUGCUGUGAUAUAGUUUAUAACUUGCCUUUUGGUGGUAGCUGUGUGGGUGGACCAUUCUCCCAAAAAACAAUGGCAGAUGAGAUGACAAAUGUAAGUGAGCCAUCAAGGCACCUGUCUGCACCACCACAGCUCUAUGAACCAGUAGUGCCAAAGCAAGAUAAACAAAUAUAUCAUGAUUUCACCUUAAAAUCAUACACACUCCCUUUCCCUGCCAGGUUACAACCAUCCUUGUCUGAGACUAACCUUGAAGAUGCAGGGCUACAGUCCUACUCUUCUAAACCUGAUAUGCAAGCUUCUGUAGAAAUAUCAAUGGAUUUAAACACACUUAAGCAUGGCUAUGAUGGAGGAUGUCUUGGAAUGGGACAUCAGUAUGGAUCCUACACAGAUCUUCGUCAGGGUGAUGUGGUAGCUCCAACAUUUCCUAUUCGCAGGUACAGUUCCCUGUCCAACAUAAGUUCAGAUUAUGACUACUCAUCUAGCAAUCUUUCUGGUUUUCCAGAGUCUAACGUUGCCCAGUAUAGUAGCACUACAUCUAAAGAGAUUAGUAGAAUGUGUGCAGCUCUCAAUUCUAUGGAAAGGUAUGGUAGCAACCCUGAUCUGUUGCAGUUAAUUCGAGGAGGUGGUCCACCAGGCAGAAUUAAUCUCCAGCAGAGUCUUAGACCUACCUUUAUAUAUGGUCCAGAAGGAAAGCCAUUUUCACAAGCUCUUACUAGUCUUAUCAAUGCAAGACAAGCAAGCCUUAGAGCCAUGUUUCCGUCAGCGAUUAGAUCAGCUGAUGGUAUGAUCUAUUCAACUAUCAACACACCCAUUGCAUCCACUGUGCCAAUAACAACUCAGCCAACUUCUGUACUGCACCCAUUAUUAAGAGGUGUUUACAGACCAUACCUCACUGCAAAUAUGACACCAGUGCCUCUGACCAGCCUCCAAAAAAUGCCCGUGGCUUCCAGGAUGCCUUUCACCGGACAUUCACCUUACCAUUUUCCAACACCUACUCAUGUUCCUGUAACAACUUCUGCUACUGCAGAUGACUCUGUUGCAGUCACAGAGCAGGAUGCCCCUAUCUAUCUUGGAAAGUCUCCAAGUUCGACAGGUAUUGGGACAUCUACAGCACCAACCCAGCUUUCUGCUGUACAGAGUUGUCUAACCACAACCAUGACAACACAAGCAGUUUCUCUAGCCAACACAAGCCAAUCUCAGGAGCAGCCAUUAAACCUGUCCCAGUACCAUCUUCAAACACAGGUUCCAUCCCAAACUCCAGCGCAGCUUUAUCCUCCUACUCAAAUUCAACAGUCUUUAUCGACCCAGCCACCACCUCCUACACAAUCGCCUGCAGCCACUGCUUCAUCUCUGGGAGUUCUUCAACAGGAAAAGGAAGAAGAACAUCUGCAUCGUCAACAGGAGAAUUUACUGCAAUUAGAGAGAGAGAGAAUAGAACUAGAAAAGUUGAGGCAACUGCGGCUACAAGAGGAGCUUGAGAGGGAGCGUGCAGAGUUGCAGCGGCACCGGGAAAAAGAGCAUAUGCUUGUGCAGCGGGAAAUUCAGGAGUUGCAGAGCAUUAAACAACAGGUUUUACAGCAGCAACAAUCUGAGAGAGAAAGUCAGCUGGUUAUACAAAGAGAGCAACUGGCUCAGCAAAAGCAGCAGCUUGACCAGAUACAGUCUCUGCAGCAACAGCUCCAGCAGCAUCUUGAGGAACAAAAAAGACAAAAGACAGCUGCACCAACUAGUAAUCAACUUAUAUAUGACCAAAGUGGCAGAAUUAUUCAGCCACAAGACCUGCCUUCAGAUAUGCAACAUGGUGAUAUUCAGGUGCCUUCCAGGUCUCUGCCCAACUCUGCAUCAGACAUGUGUUUGAGGAAAAUUGAGGGGCAAGUAGAUAAUAGGUCAAUGUGGAAACAAAGAUCAAUGCCUCGUCUACAGGAUGGAAUUGAGGGAGAGGUAACAAUGUUUUCCCUGCCCACUAGAAUUGUAGACAGCAGUGUUCAAACAGAUGAUGAAGACGAAGAAGAAAAAUAUCUAAUGUCCAGAAGAAGAAGGACUAGACGUAGUGUGGAUUGCAGUGUUCAGACAGAUGAUGAUGAAGAUAAAGCAGAAUGGGAGCAACCUGUCAGAAGGAGACGUUCUCGUUUCUCUAGGCACUCUGAUUCAGGUGCUGAUUCUAAAAAUGAAACUUCAACUCUAACUGCCAAAGUAACAUCCUCUAGUAUUGCCAUCCAGACCAUUCAGGAUUGCUCUUGCCAAACAGAAAUGGAUCAGCUAGGGAAAAUCUCUCCAGCAAUACAUGUCACUGUGUCAGAUCCCAACAAAGUUGAGAUUGUUCACUACAUAUCUGGUCCAGAGAGAACACAGAAGGGGCAAAGCCUGGCUUGUCAGACUGAACCUGAGUCCCAUUCUCAAGGUGUGGUAGUUCCACAAAUUAAUGUGGCCACCACUAUUAGUCCGUAUUCUAGCAAUGCCCUUGUGGGGUCAGCAGAUCCACUAUCCUCUCGUCAACAGGGUGUUUCAAAGUUUGAGAGACGUAAACCAGAUCCUUUGGACAUUGGCUACCAACAGCACCAUCUACACAAUGAGUCACUGUCCAGUGUGAUUCGGCAACCACCCAAAUCCCCUCAGGUCCUGUAUUCUCCAGUAUCUCCUUCGUCACCACACCGUGUCAUAGAGACAUCUUUUUCCUCUAGCGAGAAGCUGAAUAAAGCCCAUGUAUCUCCACAGCAGAAGUCAUAUACAGCUGAGUCACUACAGAGGCACCAGAGUUUACCCCGACCAAUAAAGAAUGUCCAGAGAUCAUUGUCAGAUCCCAAGCCCCUCAGUCCCACAACUGAUGAGCAUACAAAGGCAAGGAUAUCCCUUUACCAGCAACAGGCACUUCAAAGUCAGUUGAUGGCACUUCAACAGAGCUCCCUCCUAAGAAAGGUUAAAAGAACUCUGCCAAGCCCCCCACCCGAGGAGACUCAGCUGUCAAUGGUCACCCAUGCCCUGCCCCAGAUGUAUGUGCCCUCUCUGCCCUCAAUAAAGGUGGGUUCCCGGCCAGGCCUAGCAGCCAAGGCCAGCCUUCUGAAGGAUCUAACUCAUGAACUAAAGGCUGUUGAGCAAGAAUCUACCAAACUACGAAAACAGCAGGCUGAGUUGGAAGAAGAAGAGAAAGAGAUUGAUGCCAAGCUCCGAUACCUGGAGAUGGGCAUUACACAGAGAAAGGAAACUCUUGUGAAAGAGAGGGAGAGGAGGGAUUUAGCAUACCUGCGCUGUAUGGGUGACACACGAGACUACAUGUCAGAUUCUGAACUGAGCAACCUUCGGCUGGCAGCUGCAGCCACAUCUGAGAGUAACGGGCCUCUGACUAGACCAAGCACUGCACCACUCAGCCAAUUUACCAGUGAGCUAAACACUGCUGCACAGUUUCCCCCUACAUCAUCCUUUGUGUCCCACCAGUAUCCUCAGAGCCAGUCAACAGCAACCACCCUACAUGCCUCCACUUUUCAAAGCACUGGAUUUAGCCAGCCUCCAUAUCCUACAGUCUCCCAGGCACAGGCUCAACCACAGCCCCCACCACUACAGACCAUACCCCAUCAUUCUACCCCAUCAUAUCAUGCUCAAGGGGCUUUCCAUUCCCAGAGCUUCCCACCAAGCCAACCACCCUAUCCAACAGAGCAUACAAUGCUACCUCCAACUGGAUUCCAGCCACCUCCUCAGCCACCUGUGGGUCAAACUCCUUAUCCAACCCACACCACGCCAUACCCGAGCCAGACCCCUCCCUACCCGGUCAGUCAGGCAAGUACAUACCAGCCACUGGCAGACAUACUAACUGUCCAUCAGAGACCACGUCAAACCUCUCUAGCUGACCUUGAACACAAGAUGCCUACUAAUUAUGAGGUUAUAAGCAAUCCUCCUGUUGUAGUACCAACCACUACACAAGAUUCUACAUAUAGUCAAUCUGGUUUGGUUCCAUCUUAUGGUCAAUAUAGCACAGCCAUGGCAAGUAUCUAUGGACCAUACCCCACCUCAAGUACAAGUACUUAUGCUGGGUACCCAACUACCACAGCAAGUUCUUAUGGGCCAUACACAACAACUUCAGCAAAUACUUAUGGUCAGUACACAACAACCACACAUAAUAUGUAUGGACAUACAACAACCACAGGCAGUUCCUAUGGACAGUAUACCACCACUGUUGCCAACACAUAUGGACAGACAACACUUUCUGAUCAUAUGCACUCAGUAGACAAUCCCUCUACUUAUACUGGUGAUGGCCUAUACAGUUCUUCCAACCUGGAGCAAAAUGUCCCUAGAAAUUAUGUAAUGAUUGAUGACAUAAGUGAGCUAACCAAAGAGGGCAUGGGCACCACCUCAGACCCACACCACAGUGAGGGCUAUGGGCGCCAUGGGGGCGAUUCACUCCACACACGAGGGGGGAGCUCCUACGGCAGACCAGAGGAUGAACGUGAUGCAGAGAUGUACGACCAUCAUCAUGGCAGGGGUAAGAGCACUGGCAGCUACCAAGCACGAGGGCGAGAUACGCAUGGCCGGGUAGUGGGCAGCAGUAGCAUGGGUGGGGGAUCCGCAUUUUUCUAUGAUGACUACAAGCACUUAACAAGCACAAGAGCAGCCCAGAGGCAUUCAUCAAAGACCCUGGCCCCAGUUGUCAUGUCUACCAAGAGGAGCAAGCAUCGUAAGCAAGGUUUGGACCAGAAGAUCUCCAAGUUCUCUCCAAUUGAGGAAGCUCGUGAUGUGGAGGCUGAUCUGGCCUCAUACACCAUGAGCAGCUCUACUGCAAGUGGUUAUGGUACAAGUGCUCAAUCACGAAAACUCCAAGAUGAAACCUAUGGGCUGCGACAAACCAUGUAUGACCCACAGCAGGGCUAUUAUGAUGAUGAUCAUUUCUAUGGCUAUGGAAGGUCCCGUUCAGCUGGUUAUGGCAUGAAUAAGAUUUCUCGGGAGACAGGCUACCGAAGCAGAUCCUAUGAACAGGACUACACAGAUCGGCCAUACAGAAGCAGCCGAAGUGGGGGUCGUCCAACAUUGCACUCUCAGUACUCUGAAGAGGAGAGCCCACUGAGUCCUAUGGGGAAGUUUAUGGGCAGUAGGCAGGCCUGCUACAAUCCACCUUACUCUUAUGGCUCAAGCCACUCUCUCCCUGAUGUACAGGACCAUAUUCGAGACCUGCCACGGACCCAUGUCUACAAACCUGAUGAUAUGUACAUAAUAGACGAUAUGUAUUGCGCUGUGUCUGACAGUGAAGCCUACCAUCUUGGCCAAGAGGAGACUGACUGGUUUGAGAAGCCACGAGAUGUCCGUGGUUCCCGACACUAUAGCAGCGGCCAUUCUUCUUCUGGGAGGCGUGGCCAUGUAAAACACACAUAUCAUGACUAUGAUGAGCCUCCAGAGGAAGACCUUUGGCCACAAGAUGACUAUGGUCACUCCCGCCAUACAUCUUCUCGAGAGCACCGUCACCAUAGUGGUGGAAGUUCUGGUAGACACUCUUCCUCCCGCCACACUGAUGAGCCUCGAUCUUCUCGAGCAUCUCGCUCUUCAAAGGACCCAUCUCUACGGCAUGACUCUCGUUCUAUGUCCUCUUCUUCAACAAAGAGAGGUGACUCUCGAUCUCAGGGCUACCACUCCUCUGACUACUCCCGUGACCCUUCUGGGCACCACCAUGGGUCACGCACUGGGAAACAGUCUUCCCACCACCAAGGUUCUUCCAGUAGGAAGCAACAAGACAUGCAAGGCCACUUAUCAUCUUCUAGACAGAUGGGUUCAACUGGCUCAGGGCAAAGGUCUACAAGUGGACCCUCCAACUUAAGCAGACAGUCUGGGUCCCAGCAGCUAGUUGAAGCACAGCAAGGACAACGAACACAGUUACAACAGCAGGCACAGACAUCAGCAACUAGGCCUGCACAGCAGACACCUGCAGCAGGUGCUGUGCAGUCACAGCCAACACAAGUCCAACAGCUCCAAGCCAAACCAGGCCAGACAAGUCCUGCAACACGGGUACCUGCUGCAGGAGUGCAACCAACACCUGCUACAGCGAAGCCUGAGCCUGUCACUGCACCAGUUACUGCAAUUGGAGCAAAAGCAGCCACCCCACAGCCAGCCAAAGCAGCUCAGCCCCCGCUCACGGGGAUAGGCUCCAAGGCAGCUGCAAGACCUGGUGGAAUAGGUAGUGCUGCAGCUGCUCAGCCUGGAAUGGAAGGAGAAAGUAUGUUGUCUAAGAUCCUGCCUGGCGGUGCUGCAGAGCAAGCUGGCAAACUGGGAGAAGCGAUAUCUGGAUUUGGAAAGAAGUUCACAUCUCUGUGGUGAGGCAGUACAAUUGAAGGGUGUCUUCAAAAAAGAUGAAAGGCAUUACAAGGAUUUGCUCUGGAAAAACCUAUGAAGUUUCUCUUCUGAAUUUUAAUUUUAAGAGCAGGAGUAAAUGAUAGAGAGAGAGGGAGAGAAGUAAUCUUGUUAUACUGCUAACCAGAACAGGAAUCACAAGACUUCAUUAAUACUAGGGUUUGUUACAUAACCACAGAGGCACUAUACCGCUUUACCCUGGCAAGCCACAGAGCUGCUUAAAAAUUGGAAUUAAAAAAUCAUCCCUGUUUUGGCAAGCAAAUACAAUUAAAGAUUCACCAGAAGUUUCCAGAAUUCCACAUGCUCUACAGCAACUACUGGAGCCUGUCAACCCCCCGAAGGACCUGUUACAAAGCAGCAUAAAACAAAAUAUAAUAUUGAACAUCAAAGGAGCAUCUCAUCAAAUGUAGGUUUCAUACUGAUACUGGUUCUCAUAAGAAAAGUUUACAGUUAAGAAGUUUAAACACAACGGACCAUAUCUACAUGGUCACAGUGCAUUGCCUGCCAGGGUUUGUGAUUCCAUGUUCCUGUAGUUACUUAGAUAACAAAUUUGACUCCCCUCUCAUCUCAGGGAUGGUCAAAAAAUUAAGUAAAUGUAAAUGAGUCGAAACAACUUCAUAGGUUUUUCCUGUCCUUUUAAUGCCUUUCUUUUGAUCUAACUUGAUAGGCUUUAAGCAGAAAUUAAACAGAAAAAAAAACAAAGGAAAAUAGAGUGACAACACAAAUGUCUGUCAUAUGCUCAGUUUUUAACUCUACAUUCCAGAAUGGAAAAAAGUCAUUUUUGUCCUCUGAAUGCAGACUGUUUUUCUCUAUUCUCUUGCAAAUGUGUUUAAGAAGUGUACAGUGGAGUCCAAAUGCAUGUAACUUUAUAUUCAAGACCUUACACUGUUCACCAAUUUGAUGAGAGAGGGCCUAAUAUAGGAGGAUUCAGAAUAAUACUAAAAGUUAUAGAAUGCAUGAAUUAAUAGAGAGCAUAUAUUCCAGACAUAGGACUGAGAUGUUGUUUUUAUGGCUUUGAUAAGUCAGGUCUUUUUUUGCCAGUUAACCACUGCAAAGCCAUUAGGUAUCUGUCCCUAGUGUGGGCUUAGUGUCAGUCACAACUGUUCUACAGUGACCAGGACUUUAAUGUUUCUACUGAUUUUGUUGUUCAUUUAUUGUUUUAUAUUACUGCCUAAUUUUAGAUUUUUUCAUUUUUAUAUAAUAAUAGCAAGGCAAGGCAAGAGACUGGGGAGUUUAUUUAUAUUUUUGGAUUUAUUUUAUCUUGUGUUGUUUAUAAUUUAUUUUGAUUGUUUUUAUUCUCUGUUUCUUAUGGUUUUAAUUAGUCUGUAAAUGGAUUACAGUUUUUUUCUCUUUUUAUAUUGGUUUAGAUGUAGAAAAAAGCAAUAGUGGAUUUCAGACUUGCAGUCAAGAGCACAAUCAGAUGUUUAUACAUUAGUGGUCAGGAGAGCAAUGUAUCUAUCUGCCAAACUGAAAUGUUUCCAAACCUAUGGCCCUUAUCCCUAUAUGGGCAAAAACCCAAAAGUGUCCAAAUCAAAUGUAAGCAAUAGCUUUGUUUAAUAACAAAUUAGCCAACGCUAAACUUGUGAUUAGUUUUAAGCAAUGUUAUGAUAAUGACAAUUCCUGUAAACAAAAUAAAAAUGUUUAGGGAGCGAUCGUCAGAUAAGUGUUAUGGUCAAAUAAAGACACUCGUCCAUAUCUUAGCUUAACCAAUCACCAUUACAUAAUACAUAUUAAUUGAUGAUGGGCAUUUCCUAAUGUUGUAUCAUAAACAGUUAAACAGGGGUACAGAAUCCUGUAACAGAAGCUUCUCAGGUCAGAUCUGCCAGCAGAUCCUGUACUUGUGUUGGGUCAGGCUAGUAGUAAGCCUUUAUGUUUAGCAAGGAUGAGAGCAUGCUCCAGAAAAAAAAGACUCAUCUUGAAAUACAUUACAAGUAUGAAUGAACGAUUGUGAUUGCAUGUAUUUAUGUAUGUAUGUAUGUAUGUAUGUGUGUAUGUAUGUAUGUAUGUAUGCAUUUGGGUUGUGGUCACUUAAAAAAGUAAGAUUUAACAAAAAAUUAGAACAACAAACAGAGGUGAUUUUGAGAAACAACUUUACAUUUCAAAUGUUCUAUGCAAUGCUUCUUAACGGGGAAAGUGUUAGGAGAAACAUCAUUCAAUAUCAUUAACAGAUAUUUUUUCCAACAAAAAUAACCAUUUAAAUAUGGAGUUGACUUUUAAUGUGCUUAUAAGUACUUGUAAAGAAUAAUGUAUUGUAAAGAAUCAAAUUGUUUUCUCUUUGUGGCAUGUUUAAGUCCCCUUUCAUGCAUUUUUCAUGUGGCUGCCAUAUUGUGAGCCAUAAAGAGUCAUGGGCUAGAUCAAAAACUGCAUAAUACUGUAUUAAAUAGUAUGGGGAAAAUAUCAUCCCUCUAUUUUGACAAUGACAUUAUGCUGUUUUGUGUGUAGCCAGAACUUACCUUCAAUAGCCAAUAUGACCAAUUCAUCAGUUGUUUAGCUGCCUGUUGAUGCACUUGUUAUUACACAGACAUUGCAUUUAAAUAUGUUUAUGUAAUUUUCAUAAAUUCAUAUGGAGAAAACUACAUAACAAGGCUAUUUUUUAAUAUUAGUAAUACCUGUUAUGACUAUGGGGUCAUUUUCAUUUUUUUCAUUUAACACAGGCUAAGGGAACAUUUGUGCAAUACUGAACCACAGCAAAAUGUAUUGAUGAAAUGCUGUGUUGGUUUUGUUAAAAAAAAAAAAAAAAAGAUUUGUUAAUUUAAUGGUUGAAACACUUCACAUGGUAAGGACAUCACAUUAUUCAUUAAUCAAUGUUGUUCAUAAGUGUGUAUUUGCAUAUUUUUUUUCCAAAAACAAAUCUAUUAUUUUAGUACCAAACAUUCAAAGUAAACUAGAGAAACAGAAUCUCUGUAACACUUAAAAUAUUAAAUAGGAAAUAUGUGUAUAAAUUGCCAAUGGCUUCACUUGGUGCCUGUAGGACAACUGGGUUGAACCACCACAAUAUAAAUAGAAAUUAUAUACAAAUAAAAAAUAGAAAUGCACACACACACACACACACACACACACACACACACACAUACACACACACACACGCACUCUAUUUCACCUCAGGAAAGCACACAAUUAUACGUGUCAUGGUGACAAAUGGGGACUUAAUAUGCAUCAUUGUAAGGGCUCAUUUCCAGAGAAAAAGCCAUCUUGUUUUUGCUCUCAGUCUAGAUUACUAGGGAUUUGGUGGCAUUGUGUAACAGGGAUCACCGUACAGUAUCACUCCCUUUUCUCAUUGUUUUUGACCACAUAGAAACAGUUCUAAAACCAUAUGUUUUACUGGUGUUUUAUUACCCUAGCUAUUUACACUUUAUCCUGUAAGAUUUAAUUCAAACCCCAGCUUUAGGUCAAACCUAAGGUGAUAAAACAAAUGUGGAAAAACACUUAUAGAAGUGAGGGGUGAGAUAAAAAGCUACAAAUAAUUCUGUCAUUUAAAUAUCAGGGAAAAUGUCAGUUUAUUUAUUUAUUUUUUUAUACAUACUGAAGUAACAAGUGCAUAAGCCUUUAGCAGCAGUCCACUAUUGUUCACCCCUCAGAUUCACUGGCAGCCAUAUCCAUUAUAAAUGUGACACCUGAAUAUCAUUUAAAUCUUGCAUGCACAUAUAGAAACAUCCCUUAUGUGAAACAAGAAAAUGGCGUGUACUGAAUGACCAAAUUUUUAUUCAUCAUCAUCAUCAUCAUUAUUAUUAUUAUUAUUAUUAUUAUUAUUAUUAUUAUUAUUAUUAUUAUUAUUAUUAUAUAUUUUUAAAGCAUCAGCUAUUACCAACAAAACAUCAAAACAGCAUUGCAUAAUGUGGCUCAAGUGGACUGUUUGGAAUGAAAAAAUAAAAGUAAUAUUCACGUUACUGUUUUGUGUAAAAUUUCUAUACAUGUUGUGUUUGUAUAUUAAAAAGAAAAAUAAAGAGACCCUGGCUUCCGUCUAAUUUUGGGUUUCAACAGGGGUAACUUGAAAGUUGUAAGUUAAUAUAAUAAUAUAUAAAUAUACAAAUAUAAUAAUAGCUGAAAGUGUU